AUGCGCUGGUACGAGAAUAGCGCGCGUGUUCCCAUGAUUAUCAACAGACCCAACAUUGCGCCCAAGAAGGUCAAGGAGUCCGUGUCUACCAUGGAUCUUCUUCCAACAUUUGUCGACCUCGCUGAGGACAAUGCGCCAAGCUUGACAGCCCUCGCGGGCACAGUCGCAGCCCGAGCAGACACCACCCAAGUCGUCAGGCAGAGGCGGCCCAUCGCCACGCUCAGCGUGCCGGAGAUCGCCCGAUACUCAACGAAUUUUCCGCAAUUCCCGCACAUGGAUGUCACCAGACGCACUGCUGCGCGCGCAGCAAGUCGCCGAAGUCCCGGUGCGAUACCAUCUAUGGGCCGUCCUACGACUGCAUGGGUGACGACGUCGAGUGCCGCAAUCGACUACCAGACUGCGCUUCGCCUCUGCCGAACUCAUCGUCGUUUCGGAUGUCAACGAGUGCAUCGCGAUCUUGAAGUCUGGGAGCACUGCGUCGGAGGCAGGCGUGUCAAGAAAAUCCCCGCCAUCGCCGACGACUUGGCUAACCUGACAGACCCAGACACUCGAGCAUUCCAUUAG